UUUUUUUAUGUUUUCGUGAGUUUAGUGUCGUUUGAAUUUGUUUUGUGUUCAGUGAUUCUGUGUUCAGUUUGAAGUGUUACGCCGGAGUCCCGUUGGCUGUUACCGAUGCAUAAACGUUGAAUGAUCAUGUGUAAGCUGGAGAUCGAAUACGAAAACACAUUGGAAUGACACACGUUCAAUAGAGGCUUAAAAUGUCACAGUCGGCGCUGGGCCUCGGUGGGGAGCGCCGGUACUCGGUGCCAUCCAACCCGCUGAUGCACGACCAUCGAGGGAUGCACUCAGAGGAUCUGCACGCGUGGUCGAUAUACAGGCAAAACCUGAAUUCGGACUUCACUGACAGUGCGUUGGGCAGCACAGACAAGAGCCCUCUGCCAUAUGGGAACUUCCAGCUUAGGGAUACCACCGUGCAGUCCAUCCUGUCACACCCUCGAUAUGGACCCAAAUCGGCACUGGGCUCCAAUAUGUAUACGUACCUGAAGUUCGGGCUUCCUCGUGUAUUUCCACCGAACCACAACGGGUCUCAGCGCUCAGGGACUCCUAAACCCAAGACUUCCAUCGGGAGUGGCAUGAAACCUGUGCCAAGGAUCCAAAGACAAAGUCGAGGUAUGCGCGAGACAUCAUCAGGUUACGACAGUUCAGACAACGAGACCACCACCAACUACAAAUACAGUCGCAAGUACCGGUCGGACCCCGACUUUAGGAUGCAAAACGUACAUCCAUCUUUACAGCCGAACACAGGUGUACCAGUAGUAGCAAUGCAGCAGGCUGGCAUCCGAGGGGACGGUCAAUGGACGAACUCCAGACACAAGUCAGUCAGUGAAGCCAAUCUUCUAGGCAUUGAUGCACGACCUCACCAUCGAUCCCACUACAGUAAUAGGAGAAACAGUGUAGCCGACUACGUCCCUGAUGGAGACCAUCAAAGUUAUCUGAUGUCACCUUCUCACCUGGGCGGUCGGAUGUCGAAGGCAGGCAGUCACAUGUCUAUAGCUCAGUCCAGAAAACACUCCACUCUGAGACCAGGAGACCAUCUGGACGGAUAUACGCACUCAGCGUACAUUUACCCUAAUUAUUACGUUAACAGUUUAGAAAUAACGGCGCCGGAGAAUAAGUCAACCUUACUGGUAUCUGGUCUAAGUUUCGAAGUGAAGUCUGGAGAAAUAUUAGCAGUUUUAGCAACAUCUCAUCACGAGGCCACUGGACUGCUUGAUGUUUUAGCUGGAGUGCGAAAGAAACUAACAGGCGACAUUGUUCUCAAUGGCCAACCAGUUGCCUCAUCAACUCUUCGAAAAGUCGCAGCAUACGUUCGCAAAGACACGUCUCUUUGUGCCUCCAUGACGGUGGAACAUACUUUGAAGUUCCAUGCCGCUUUGAGAAGACCUAGGAAUAAUGGGCAGGUUAAAAUGGACGAUAGAGAUCGGAUAAAUCUUCUGAUUGAAGAACUUGGACUAGAACAAGUCCGAGACACGAACGUAGGUCGCCUUACUAGAUCAGAAAUUCGUCGCCUCAAUGUCGCGUGCCAGCUACUCUUAGACAUGGCCAUAUUAAUCUUAGACCAACCAACUAAGGAGAUGGACAUCUUCGACACUUUCUUCCUGGUGGAAUAUUUGAGAAACUGGGCCAGUACUGGUAGAGUUGUGAUCAUGUCACUGCAUCCACCGACUUAUGAGAUUUUUGCUAUGCUUACUAAAGUGGUGUUAAUAUCAGCUGGUAGAACGAUGUUUAGCGGGUACAGAAGGGAUAUGUUGCCAUAUUUUGCUUCCAUCGAUUAUCCCUGCCCAGCUUUCAAGAACCCUUCAGAUUAUUACUUGGAUCUGGUUACGCUGGACGACUUGUCAGCCGCAGCCAUGUUGGAAUCAUCGGGUCGUAUCUCUGCGCUGGCCAAUGUUUUCGCUGGUGCACAAGCACCUCCAGACCCACCUCCACCUGUGCCACUACCUGCCCCGCUCACCCGUCCUAAUGUGCUCGUACAGGCUGGAGCACUUAUAGAGAAAAGUUUACUGUUCACACAAUCAACUACAUUAUCAAACGUCAUAACUCGAAUACUCUUGGCGGCCGUUAUGUCUUUGAUCACCGGCGCCGUGUUCUGGGAUCUCCCUGCUACAGAUCCAAAGCUUACACAGAACGACCGGGUAGGUUUUCAUUAUACAGUAAUGUGCCUCACUGUUUGGCCGAUCCUGCUGUGGCUGAGUGCGAGAGAAGCAAGCUCCAUGCGCCAUCAUGUGGAGAGAGACAUCGCCGUGGGACUGUACUCUAGAACUGUGUUCAUACUUUUUGAUCAAUUCCUGGAACUGUGGUCAGCAGGUUACAUGCUGCUUUAUCUGAUAAGUAUACAAAUGUUGUGUCGAGCGACAAUAUUCCUUGUGCCAAUGGAGAAGACUGCUGCAGUCAUAUCAGGAUUCUGCCUAUUGCUUAGCACCCUAGUCAAUGGGGUGAUGCUACAUAGUCGAGACUUACCCGAUUACGUCACGUGGCUGCAGAUCGUGUCGCCCUCUAGGUGGACUCUACCGGAACUAUUGGGAAGGGAACUCAGUGAGGUGGCGCUGAGGAGCAGUAUUAGCCAUAGGUGUAAUAAUAAACAGGGACCGUACAAGGACAUCAUAGUACAAUCACCGUGCCCUCCUCCGAAUGGUACUCAAGUGCUCUCCAACUACGAGUAUCUCCGUUCCAACCACCUCUGGGAAUGGACUGACGAUACUUUCCUCAUAUCCUUAGCUAUAUUUUAUGGAGUAUUUGCUUUUGUAGCUCUAAUAGCUUUUGUAGCUGACUGUACUAAAUACACUAAGAGAAAAGACCGAGUUUCCAGAAAAGGGCACAAGGUCAGUGUAAAUACUCCUUGAAACACACCUAAAUACUUACGAGACUUGACUGGUAUUGAAAAAGAAAUUUGGAGUAGUAGUUGUUGGGAUGCGAAAAGAGAUGGCGCUGUUCAACUAAUGAGCCAUAUUUUUAUUGCAUUGCAACACUGGACGUAUAUUCUACAUUCUUUAGCUAAGGAAAUGUUAGUAUAAUCGGGUUUUAUCGUUGCAUGGGAGGACGAGACAAAUAAUUAAGACUAUAAAAGUUUAAAAAUGGGAUCAUAGAAAAAUAAUAAUUGUAAAAAACUAGUAAAAUCUUUGGUGAAUCUAAAAAAAUUAUAAUCAAUUAUUAAAUAUAUUUUUUAAGUUUCGGGGUUUUAGCUCAAUCUGAGGGCUUAUUAUUUGAAUGGUUUGUAUUAAGGAAUAUAAAAGUCGAACAAUGUACAAAAGUAUGAAUUGUCAUAAUAAAAUUAUGUAAUUAGGUAAAUUCAACUUUAAGAGUUGAAACAAAAGGCUGACUAUAUGUCUUCCGUCCAUAUAGAUAUGUAUUAUUAAAUUUUAAGACAAUUUUUUUCUUAUACAUUUGAAUCUCUAGUACUAUUUUUCUAAUGGGAUGAUGAGGACAUAAAAUAAUUUAUUUUGGAUUGCUUAGACCGGAAUAAAUUGAAAACAAAGUUUACAUUAAAUCCAACAAAAAUACUUA